AUGGUGACGGAAAACGUGGUUGUGCUGACGCUGCUCGGGUACGACGCCCUCUUCUUUCUGAAUCUUUUCGAUUACCACGUGCUGAAUGGCGAUGCCCCAGGCCACGAUGUCCUUUACCGCCCGGCGUAUUUCUUCGACAAGUACCGCAUCCCCCUCUCCAAGGAAAGGUUUCUACUCUUCUUUCACAUCCUGACUGCCGCGGCCCCACUGAUACUGUCGGCCACACAAUGCUGGAAGCUGGUAAGGAGACAGAGUUUGGCAGUACACCGCUGGACCG